CUUUUUUACUAUUAUUAUUAUUAUUAUUAUUUUCUGUCAAGUUCAUUCUAUCUUAUGACUUGGUUCCAACAAGAAAUUCGGCUCCGUGCGCGUUCAAAAGGUUGCUUUCUUGUUCAUGGUGAAAUCCUUGACCAAGUGCCCGAUAUUAAGAAAAUCAAGAUUGGCAUGGCAAACUUCUUUUUGCAACAUACAUCUGCUUCUUUAAUGAUAAACGAAAACUGUGAUCCUGAUGUUCGUGACGAUAUGAGUAUGGGACUUGACAAGAUUGUACCGGAAACUUUUCCUUAUACACAUACAGACGAAGGACCGGAUGAUAUGCCUGGACACUUAAAAUCUGGUAUUGUAGGUGUCUCAUUGAAUAUCCCUAUCACAAAUGGAAGGUUGAAUCUCGGUACAUGGCAAGGAAUCUAUUUAUGUGAACAUCGUAUUUCGAACAGUGGACGUAGAUUAGUAGUCACCAUUCAAGGCGAAACAAAAUAAAGAAUUCUUCAUAUUGGUUUACAUAUUAUAUACUUUAGUCAGAUUGUAUACUUUAUCAUUAUACAUCAUCCAUCGUUAUUCAUCGCUAUUACACUUGUUUUUUUCCCUUUGAUUGGUAGUAGUAUAUGUAGUAUAGUUGAUAUAUAUAUAUAUAUAUAGUUUAGUUCUUCAUUAUGCAUACACAUAUUUGAUUUUGACAAAAAGGUCAUUACGGACUCAGUGAACGGAAACUGAAUUAUGUACUUUUUUUUUGGGAAUGUUGCCAAGGCAA